AUGUCAUUUAGAGGAGGUGGAAGAACAACUCAAAGAACCAUUCUUCCGUUUGGUUUAGAUUAUGCUGAUAUUAUAUCAUCUACACAAGAAACAGAAAAACCACAAUUGUUAUUACCUAUAAAUGGAGAUGUUACUGAAGUUGAACAAAUUAUAGCAAAACAAUCAAUUAAUUUCAGUAAAAUUAUGUCUGAUGGACCAUUUUUCACUGGGAAUCUAGAUUCUAUUAAUAAUGAUAAAAAAUCAUCAACUAAAAGUACAACAACAACAACUGCAACUUCAUCAGAUGGUAUAGAACGAUAUUCUGAUCGAUAUAAAAAAGUUCAAAAAAUUGGACGUACUAUUGAAGAACAUCCUUAUCAAACACAAUUUUUCCCAGCUGAAUUAUAUUCAGUUAUGGGAAUAAGUAAUAAAGAUAAGAAGAAAAUAUUAGCAUUAUCAAAAUUUCAUUCAAAUGGUGGAUUACGAGAAUUUUUAUCCAAUGAACAAAUUGAAAAUAUGGAUGAAGAAGCAAAAGUUAAAGCUAUGCAAGAAAGAAUGCUUAAUUUGGCUAAUGCUGCUGAUAAUGACGAUAAUAAAGAUGAUGCUCAUCAUAGUGGAGACGAAGAAGAAGAUAUUGAUGAUGAAUUUGAAGAUGAUGACGAUGAUGAUUAUAACGCUGAGAAAUACUUUGAUGAUGGUGAUGAUGACGGUGGUGACGAUGGUGGUGAUGAUGAAGCAGCAUUUUAG